AUGUCAGAACAGCAGCCCCUGCAACCCCGAGUAAAAAGCGUCUUAGACAAGGAUAUCACUACCGUCUGGUUCACAACCAAUCUCACCAAAAUCUCGCACAGCGAUCGCGAGACGUACGUUCGUAUGCUCCGCACCAAACUUGAGGAGAGCGUCAAAGAGAGAAAUUCACUAGACCAACAAGCUGCUUUGAUCAUCUCCUUGGUGGAAGAGCCAGUCGAAGCUCUAAAACAACAAGAUGAGCCAAACGAGGAGGAGUUGAAGCACGCGAAGAAGGUCGCGGAUGACACGAAACGAAGAGUUAUGAUUGACCGGUUGGUACACGAUGCUAAGCAUGAGGGUUUAGAGGCGCUGCUUAGCAAGGCUGAGUACACCAUAUGUGGACAAGUAGCAUAG